GACCCAGUAACGUUACGGGCGGAUAAUUUUUUUCUUAAAAAUGAUUCGUCGAAGACGCAUUAAAAUUUGUAAUUUGUUUUUAAUUUGGCUCGGUUUAUUAAUAACCGGAGCCUUAAUUUAUAAGACUAGUGAUAUGUCGAGUGAUUUUAACGAAACAGUUAAAAACAAAAUACCAAAAAAAUCUUUACUAAGUGUCGCGAGUACUAUUAAUGCUAGUUCGACCACGGAAACGAAUAGGAAACCAUCUACGACCACUCCAGUGACGAAACGGGUUACAAAAUCGAUGUCGCAAUUGGGCAAAAUGGACGAGAUCAAUAAGCAUUUUUUAUUUUUGAAUAGUGUGCCGAAAAGUGGAUCGGAAAUUUUGAUUUUUUUACUUGAGAGGAUACAGGGCGGAAACAACUUUAAGCAUGUCAGACUGAAGGGAGGUAACAGACGAAGAUUAAAUGAUAUUCAACAGGAAGAACUUAUCCAAGAAAUCUACGACAUACGUCAAGAUCUAGCUGUCCCACUCAGUUUCGACCGACCGGUAUAUUUCCUAGACUUUUCCAAGUUCGAUAAGCAAAUGCCCACGUACGUGAACCUCAUAAGGCACCCGGUGGCGAAAGUGAUGUCUAGAGCGUUUUCAAAGAAAACCGGCACCUACGACAGUUACUUCGUGAGGUGUCUCCUGGACGUGCAGCGUAAUUGUAACUUUAAGAGUGGAAGACCUUAUGACCUCACUAUACCUUAUUUUUGCGGACACGACGAGCGUUGCAUGUUCCUAAAUAACCAGUGGGCCCUCGAGAGGGCAAAAAAGAACGUUGAAAAGUACUAUAAGGUGGUCGGAGUUCUUGAGGAACUCAAUGUUACCCUGGAUGCCUUAGAGGUUGAACUUCCGCAGUUCUUUAGGGGGGCCAGAGUGGUUUACCAGCAACAUUUAUUGGAUAUUUACAAUCAUAAAAAGGAACCUGAGGUGCCAAAGGAUGUACGUCGGUCCCUUGAAGAAUCGUUAGUAAUGGAAAUCGAGUUUUAUGAAUGGGUUAAGAGCAGACUUUUAGGCAAUGUAAAAGCAAAUAGUUAGUAAGUAUAUAUGUAUAGUGUAACUCAUAAAAUUGUUUUCGCUUUUAAGUUAAAUAUAUAAAUUAAGAUAACUUGUAUACAUAGUAACUGGACAUGACAAGGCAAGACUGAUCGAUUUGUAGAAAUAAAGUGACGCAAUUUUAUCAGU